GGGAGAAAAUCGAGAACUCGCUUUUAGCCCCCGGUGGCGAUAUGCGCCGCGCGUUUCGCCCCUAUAUGGCGAUGGUCGCGCUUCGCGUUUCGCCAUAUCGAGUCCAAGAGCCUACCUCGUACCCAGCCAGUUUGUGUGACGCUGCUCUGUGGAACAGGCACAAUGGCAAUCUUCACAGUCUUCCUGGCACUUUCGUGUCUUUUCUCGGGAUGGCCGGAUGUCUCCGCUCAAGGCACAGACAGGGUAACGAUAGAAAAGCUGAGGGAAAACCUGCAAAGCGCCAUAGAGCUGGAGUGGGCCACCAUCCCUCCGUAUCUGAACGCUGCCCUCAGCAUCAAGGAAGGCACAAACAAGCCGGUGAAUGGUAUACUGUGGAGCAUCUUGGGGAACGAGAUGGAUCACAUGGCGCUGGCGGCCAACAUGCUGAACGCCAUAAAGGGAAAGCCCGUGCUGAACGCAGCCAAAGCACCGCGGUACCCGGGACCCCUCCCCGCUGGCUGCCUCCCCGACCUCAACGUGACGCUGGAGAAGAUGACGAGGGCUCACACGGAAAGGGUCUUCAUGGGAAUCGAAACGCCCGAAUGCGAAGACUCCGUCACGAAAUUUCAUGAUCACCUCUCAAAAGCGGCAUCCCCAGAUCUACAAGCGUCCAACAAAAUGUCUGAAAAGGUGGAAGACGCUUUUCCCGGACUCUUGGCUAAAUGUGACGAAGAGGGCUAUAGCCCAGACACCAUAGGUGCGAUCUACAUCCACAAGAUUCUCUGCCCCAUGUAUAAGCUGGAGAUACAAGCACAAGGAAGCCCCGAAGGUACCAUAUUCACAGGAGAUCCCGGGCGUCAAGUUUCGAUUCCCUUCAAAGUCAGCAACCUUACCACGGCUAUCAGAGCUAUUGCCUUCAUCAUUUCCCAAGGGGAGGGCGGAGAUGCUUGCAACCCUUAUGUUGAUGACCAGUUCGCGGAAAACAAUAAGAAGAAUGUACCGUCUCACUACUUCAAGUUUGCCGAGAUCGUCCACGGUAAGGCGGUGGAGUAUGGAGGCAAACCUUGCCGGGCGAGAGACCCGUGGUGCCACGAUUACUUUUCCCCUUGCGAUGGCAAGAACUGUGAGAACGACAUUACCUUCAACGGACCGCAAGUGCCCUUCGAUGAGAACGACGUGUGGCCAAUCAUCUCCAACCCCAGCACCGAUCUGUACCCUCCUGGAUCCGAGGCAAGGAAGCUGUCAGACGACUUCAAUAAAGUCUACGUGGAUGUCAUGCAGUGCCUACACGAUGCUCUGAACGGACACCCGGAGAAGCUGAAGCCAGAUUGCGCCGAUGAUAAGAUGGUAGAUCUUAAGAAGAAAGGCAUCCAACUCGUGCAGACACCCAUCUAUCCAGGAGGUCCCAACGCCUCUCCCACAUACGAGUUCGACUAUAAGGAGAAAGGCCAACAGCAGCAGCAACAGCAACGCAUUGAGCUUUAAAGUACUUACCGUAAGAUCACCUCUCUGAACGGUUCUUUCAGAAAAACGUAACGAUGUUCAGAAAUCUAGGGCUUACUUUGAAAGAAAUGUUUGUAGUGUGUGUGUGUGUGUGUGUAUAAUUGUUCUUAAACUUACAGCCUAAGCAGAUGACGUCUUCUAUUUCUUUGAACAAAAAUUGCUUAGGAUCUUCAGCAAUUAUGGACUUAGACAAAUAUGGUAUCUAGUGAACUAUAAGUAGACUGCAUAUGGUGCAAGACAAAUGCAAUCCAGUACUUUUUUUAUAAGAGCAACUACUUAGGAUUUGUGAACUAUUUUGGUGCUAUCAUUUAAGGUCAUGUCAGGAUUUUGAACAGAAUAGGAUGCAAAAAAUCAUAGUGGUUUUGGCUGUGCUGCUAGCAUAGGGAUAUUUGGAUACCACCAUUUAGUUAUAGCUACAAUGAAUUAUAAGUAUCAUAAAAUGGAUGCAUGCAGUAUGUAGUGUUCAGCUGGGCAACUAGGAAUAUUCUGUGUGGCAUAGAUAUAUGAUAUGGUACGCAAGGCAUUAUGACUAGAAUAGCACUAGACAAAAAUGUACAAUAAGCUUGAUAUCAUGUAGUACCAGCAUAUCACAUUUAGCCAUUUCUCAUAUAUCCAUUGCUAGGACUGGAUGCCUGCUCCCUUGAAUGUAAAAGUCUUCUUUCCUGUUUUUUAUCCUUCUUCCUUUUAAUACUUAGAUGGGAAAGGUUCAUGCAAAUACCCAUUUUGUGGCAACUUUUUAAUUGGUGUGAAAUAUAGCAUUUAGAGCAUAAGGUAAUAGAGAGAUACUAGAAACUACUAUGUUUAAGACAUUUGUCCAUCUAAGGUUGCCUUCGUACCAAGAUUUUGCUUAUAGGCUGGUGGAAAAAAACAAAAGGACCACAUGUUUAGAAACCAAACAGAAAUGUUUAAUAUUCAGCAAUAAGUAACAUCUUAGAGAUUGUAAAGGAAAUGAAAUUCACCCAUGGUAAAGACAAAACAAGUUGUAUGCAUCAUUAAGAUAUCCAAUGACACAUGAUGUAACUGCUGUACUAUUUCAUAAUUCCAUCAAUGGAUAGUAAAGACAGCAACAAAGAUUCAACACCAGUAAAUCAAAAUUAUUUUACCUGUUGAUUGCAAAGUUGACAUUCAGAAUAGACGUUUUGCACAAUUGGCUUUUUUUUGUCAUUACAAUAACACACUUAUAUUUGUGAAAAUAAUACAGCGUCAUACAGAAUUUCAAACCUGUCCCAAACAGUUAAUGAUUGUAGACUCACCUAGCAAAUAAAACAUGUCUGGUCUAU